AUGCCAGGCCUYUUCAAGAUUAUGCAGACUCUAAUUUUACUUGGACUUGUUAUUGCUAAAUGUACAUGGACAUCAGAGGCACACAAGUAUAAGGGAUGCUUCAGUACAGAAAAACUGGAGCAUAGAGCUCUCAAGAUCCUUCACCGAAACCGGUACCAGACAGAUGUUCAUAUUGAUGAAACACAGUAUCACAAACUGGGUAUGAAGAAGACCUGCCCCACUGUGCUUCGUUCACAGUCAGUAGACUACAACAAUCGUUCAGUCUCCCCCUGGCGGUACAGCAUCGAUAGCGUGGAGGGACGAUUCCCUGAAAAGAUUGUUGUUGCUGAAUGUCUAUGCGAGGGAUGCCUCAUCAUUAAAGGGCCCGGACACCACGGGGCCCAACAUCAUGCAUAUAACUCUGUGCCUAUAGAGCAAACCCAGAUGGUUUUGAUGAAGACCGUAUGCCUGAACAACCCAGAAAAAUACUCACUUACAUCACACUUUGUCAAAGUGCCCAUUGCCUGCACCUGUGUUAGGAGUAGGAUAUGAUUGCCUCUCAUAGAGGACAUUUUUUAGACAAACUGURGUGACAUGUUUCACAUUUUGUUGUUUGUUUUUAAAAUGCACUUACGCUAUUGAAAGU